AUGAGGCCAACAUUUUCUAGCGAUCAACUAUACAGAGAUCUGUCUGAGCUAGAUCAGCUAUUAUUUGCAAAAAACCAACAAAGUAUAAAACAAGAACUUGAAACUUUCGUUGACCAUUUCGAAAAUAGUGGAGAUCUUGUAACAACAGAUGAACUAGCCAGGUCUUUGGUACACUUGACGAACUGCGAGUCCAAGUUAGCAGUAGUCAAAAGUGAUAAAGUAUCAAUUGCAACAGCCAGCAUACAAGAGAAAUUGCAGCAGGCUCAGACGACUUUAGAUGAAUUACUAACAAGAAUCAAGCAAGCAAAUGUGAAGGACCAUCCAACUGCUUUAGAAAAAGAGCGUGAACGCUAUUUAACUGAGAAAGAAGAAAGGUUACGCCAGGCUGAGAAGGACUUUAGGAAAGAUAUGGAUCUGUUAGACGAACGUUAUGCCAAGAAGAUGAGAGAUUCUAUUUAUCAAAAUUUAGUAGGUUUUCGACAUCAAUAA